AUCGUGGCAGCACCUCAAUUCCCGUCUGUACGAUUCCCUUUUGCUCCCUCCUCUCUCCGUCGCCUCCUUCUACAUCUCAACUCUACUCUUGACCUCUUUUAGCUACUUGUUAUCGGGUGGUUCGUCUUUUGUCGGGGUUAUCCAUCUACUCUUGGCCGACCCAUCAUCAUCCCACCGUCAAGCCCAUCGAAACCCCCUCCAUCCGUCAGUCUUAGUGUAGGUGUCUCGCUGAGCACCGCCAACUCUGAGAUUCGUAAUACCAAUUCUUUCUACAGUACCUAGCAGAUUACUCUACAAAUCCGCCCAUCAUGUCUCUUCCCAACGACUUCCUUUGGGGCUUUGCCACCGCAUCUUACCAGGUUGAGGGUGCCGCUGAGAAAGACGGCCGUGGUCCUUCCAUCUGGGACACCUUCUGCGCCAUUCCCGGCAAGAUUGCCGAUGGCAGCUCCGGUGCCGUCGCCUGCGAUUCCUACAACCGCACCGCCGAAGACAUCGCCCUGCUCAAGUCCGUUGGCGCAAACACCUACCGCUUCUCCCUUGCCUGGUCGAGAAUCAUCCCUGUCGGUGGUCGCAACGACCCCAUCAACCAGGCCGGCCUUGACCAUUACGUCAAGUUCGUCGACGACCUCCUUGAAGCUGGCAUCACUCCCUUCAUCACCCUCUUCCACUGGGAUCUUCCCGAUGGACUCGACAAGCGCUACGGCGGUCUCCUGAACCGUGAGGAGUUCCCUCUUGACUUUGAGCACUAUGCUCGCAUCGUCUUCAAGGCCAUUCCUAAGUGCAAGAACUGGAUCACCUUCAACGAACCUUGGUGCUCCUCCAUCCUCGGCUACAGCAGUGGCUUCUUCGCCCCCGGUCACACCUCGGAUCGCAGCAAGUCCGCCAUCGGUGACUCCUCCCGCGAGCCCUGGAUUGUUGGCCACAACCUUCUUGUCGCCCACGGUCGCGCAGUCAAGGUCUACCGCGAGGAGUUCAAGCCAACCAACGGUGGCCAGAUCGGUAUCACUCUGAACGGUGAUGCCACCUACCCCUGGGACCCUGAGGACCCUGAGGAUGUAGAGGCCUCUGACCGCAAGAUCGAGUUCGCCAUCUCCUGGUUCGCUGACCCAAUCUACUUUGGCAAGUACCCUGACUCCAUGCUCAAGCAGCUUGGCGACCGCCUGCCCGAGUUCACGCCCGAAGAGCUCGCCCUUGUCAAGGGAUCCAAUGACUUCUACGGCAUGAACCAUUACACGGCCAACUACAUCAAGCACAAGACCACCACUCCUGAGGAAGAUGACUUCCUCGGCAACCUUGAGUGUCUCUUCGAAUCCAAGAGCGGCGAGAACAUUGGCGAAGAGACCCAAUCUUUCUGGCUGCGCCCCAACCCCCAGGGCUUCCAUAACCUCCUUGUCUGGCUCUCCAAGCGCUACGGCUACCCGCCCAUCUACGUCACAGAGAAUGGUACUUCCCUCAAGGGCGAGAACGAUAUGCCCCUUGAGCAGAUCCUCGAGGAUGACUUCCGUGUCAAGUACUUUGACGGCUACGUCAAGGCCAUGGCCGACGCCCACGAGAAGGACGGUGUCAACGUCAAGGGCUACAUGGCAUGGUCCCUCAUGGACAACUUCGAGUGGGCCGAGGGCUACGAGACUCGUUUCGGCGUCACCUUUGUCGACUAUGAGAACGACCAGAAGAGAUACCCCAAGAAGAGUGCCAAGAGCCUCAAGCCCCUCUUUGACAGUCUCAUCCAGAAGGCUUAGGCAUACUUCACCACGUUUGACUGUUGACGCGUAGGAAGAGGAGGUCGAAGGUAUCCAUCAAGAUUGGAUAUGCAUAUCAUUUUUGAAAAUGUACAGAGAGCACCAAACUGCUCAUGAUGAUGUAUGAAGAUUCUUUUGUUACGAUCCACCAUGUAGUUUGGAUAUAAAUUACCGAAAUAAGAAGUGCUUGAGUCCGAUGUUGUCUGUGAAGUGAACCAGGAAUCACUUAACAUGAGGGUCAUCUCGGAAGCGCUUCCUUGGCUUA